AUGGCUGACUUUUAUGUGCGUGCGGCGCGCACCAUGCAGGAUGUGCUUGCACAUCGCGGUUCGAUCAAAGCGAUUUCUGCCGGAAAUGGUGAUUUGAAUCAUGCAAAGCGCAUCAUGGCACUGGUGGUCAACACGUUGUCGUAUCGAACGGUGCUUCUGCACAUAUUGAAGCAGGUCGAUAUGGCGAAGAAGGAACCUAAAUGGUUUGGCGGUGCGUCUCCAUUGAAUCGCAAAGCAAGCGAUGCAUCAUCAAAUGCACCAGGGAUGGCAGAUUGUGUCAUGCUCGUCCUGUUACACGAUCUUUUGUUUACGUCGAGAGGCAUUCAGGCAGCCAAGGCGUGGCCGCCCCGAGUGUGCAUGGAGAAAUACAAGUCUCAACUACACGCCGAACUUGUUCGUCUGCAGAUCCGCCAAGGUAAAAAAAGUGCUGAAGAAUUGCGCUCAGGUGCAGCCGAGCGCCGACUCGCUGCGCGCAUUCCGCGUUGGUGCCGAAUCAAUACGCUCAAGAUUCGUGAAAUAGAUGCCAUCCAACAGCUGGAAACAGCAGGCUUUGAGCUCGUCAACAAUACAAUUCUCACGAAAGAGUACGUACAUUCAACACUAAUGGAAGAUCGCAGUUUUCUCGCUCUCAUCAUGUGA